CUGAGCAAGUGAGCAUACUAACCAAGGCCGGUUAAGCUUGUGAGAAAGAGAGAGAAAGCGAGAGAAAACUAGAGAGAGAAGGAAAUACAAAGAAAGCAAUCCAAAGAGAAAUGGCAACUUUCCCAGUUGUUGACAUGGACCUUAUCAAUGGUGAAGAGAGAGCAGCAACCUUGGAGAAGAUCAAUGAUGCAUGUGAGAACUGGGGUUUCUUUGAGUUGGUGAACCAUGGGAUAUCAACUGAGCUUUUGGACACUGUGGAGAAGAUGAACAAGGAUCACUACAAGAAGACCAUGGAGCAAAGGUUCAAGGAAAUGGUGGCAGCCAAAGGCCUCGAAGCUGUCCAGUCCGAAAUCCACGACUUGGACUGGGAAAGCACCUUCUUCUUGCGCCACCUUCCUUCCUCAAACAUUUCCGAAAUCCCUGAUCUCGAGGAAGAUUACAGGAAGACCAUGAAGGAAUUUGCAGUGGAAUUGGAGAAGCUAGCUGAGAAGCUUUUGGACUUGCUGUGUGAGAAUCUUGGACUUGAGAAGGGCUAUCUGAAGAAGGCUUUCUAUGGAUCCAAGGGUCCGAAUUUUGGGACCAAGGUCAGCAACUACCCUCCAUGUCCCAAGCCAGACCUGAUCAAGGGACUCCGGGCCCACACCGACGCUGGUGGUAUCAUCCUGCUUUUCCAGGAUGACAAGGUCAGCGGCCUCCAGCUCCUCAAGGAUGGUGAAUGGAUGGAUGUCCCCCCAGUGCACCACUCCAUUGUCAUCAACUUAGGUGACCAGAUUGAGGUGAUCACCAAUGGGAAGUACAAGAGUAUAAUGCACCGGGUGAUAGCUCAGUCGGACGGAACCAGAAUGUCGAUAGCCUCGUUCUACAACCCGGGCGACGAUGCGUUUAUCAGCCCGGCACCGGCAUUGCUGGAGAAGAAAUCUGAGGAAACCCCAACUUAUCCCAAAUUUUUGUUUGAUGAUUACAUGAAGCUGUAUUCUGGCCUCAAAUUCCAAGCCAAGGAGCCAAGAUUUGAAGCUAUGAAGGCCAGGGAAACCACCCCUGUUGAAACUGCCCGAGGUCUGAGAGCCGUCCGAUGGAACACGACAAAAAGAAAUCAAAAUUAGGGUUUUGGGUUUUAUCGUUUGUGCUAAAUAAAGUUGGGGAGGAGAAAGUUAGAGUUUUACUUUUUUCUCCACUGUUCUUAUAGUUGAAAUCUAUCUAUAUAAAAUAAAAAUUAUUAGAAUCCUAAUCUUUGAGGGAUCCAUGUUCUUCAAAGUUAACUCA